AUGAUCAGCUCGGUGUGUGUCUCCUCCUACCGUGGACGCAAGUCUGGGAACAAACCACCCUCCAAAACAUGCCUGAAGGAAGAGAUGGGCAAAGGGGAAGAGUCGGACAAGAUCACCAUCAAUGUAGGGGGCACCCGGCAUGAGACCUACAAAAGCACCCUACGGACUUUGCCGGGCACCCGCCUGGCCUGGUUGGCUGACCCCGAUGCCCAGAGCAACUUUGACUUUGAUGGGAAAAGCAAUGAGUUCUUCUUCGACCGUCACCCUGGGAUCUUCUCCUACGUGCUCAACUACUACCGCACCGGGAAGCUGCACUGCCCCGCGGACAUCUGCGGACCCCUCUUCGAGGAGGAGCUGACCUACUGGGGCAUCGAUGAGACAGAUGUGGAGCCGUGCUGCUGGAUGACCUACCGCCAGCACCGCGAUGCUGAAGAGGAAGAGGCCCUGGACAUCUUCGAGAGUCCCGAACCUGGUGGAGGGGCUGGUGGAGAGGAGCCUGAAGAGGAAGGGGGUAGGGAGAUGGCCCUGCAACGCCUGGGCAUGGAUGACAGGCCACCAGGCGCGGCGGGGGCUGCCGGGGGGGGUGGGCGCUGUCGGGCAUGGUUUUUUUUUCUCUUUGAGGAUCCCUACUCGUCCAAAGCGGCAAGGGUAGUUGCUUUUGCCUCGCUUUUCUUCAUCCUGGUCUCCAUCACAACCUUCUGCCUGGAGACGCAUGAGGCCUUCAACAUCGACGUCAACGUGACUGAGACCCUCGUGGUUGGUAACACCACGACCAUCCUGCUGACGCAUAAAGUGGAGACGGAGCCCAUCCUCACCUACAUCGAAGGGGUCUGUGUCCUGUGGUUCACCCUCGAGUUCCUGGUUCGCAUCAUCUGCUGUCCAGAUAAGCUUCUCUUCGUUAAAAACCUGCUCAACAUCAUUGACUUUGUGGCCAUCUUGCCCUUCUACCUGGAGGUUGGUCUCAGUGGCCUGUCCUCCAAAGCUGCCCGGGACGUACUGGGCUUCCUACGGGUGGUCCGUUUCGUCCGGAUCCUCCGGAUCUUCAAGCUGACACGACACUUUGUGGGUCUCCGGGUGCUGGGUCAUACGCUUCGGGCCAGCACCAAUGAAUUCCUGCUCCUCAUCAUCUUCCUUGCCUUGGGGGUCUUGAUUUUUGCCACAAUGAUCUACUACGCUGAGCGGAUUGGAGCCAAGACGUCUGACCCCCGUGGGAGCGACCACACUCACUUUAAGAACAUCCCCAUUGGGUUCUGGUGGGCUGUGGUGACCAUGACUACCCUGGGCUACGGCGACAUGUACCCCAAGACCUGGUCGGGCAUGGUGGUGGGGGCUCUCUGCGCGUUGGCCGGGGUGCUCACCAUCGCCAUGCCCGUGCCUGUCAUUGUCAAUAACUUUGGGAUGUACUAUUCAUUGGCCAUGGCCAAGCAGAAGCUGCCAAAGAAGAAGAAAAAGCAUAUACCCCGUCCAGCCCCACUGGACUCCCCAACCUACUGCAAGUCUGAGGAGAACUCCCCCCGGAACAGCACCCAGAGCGACACUUGCCCCUUGGCAGUAGAGGAGGGGGCAACUGAGAGGAAACGGUCAGACUCUAAGCAGAAUGGGGAGGCCAACGUGGUGCUGUCGGAUGAGGAGCAGCCGCUGUCGCCCACCGAUGAGGAGAAGCGGCCCAUGCGGCGCUCCAGCACCCGGGAUAAGAACAAGAAAUCCUCCACGUGCUUCCUGCUGGCCACAGGUGACUUCUCCUGUGCGGCGGAUGGAGGCAUCCAGAAAGAUACCUGCCAAGAUGUCCUCUCUUCCAGUUACCCCCAGGGUGAGGUGGUCACCUUCUCCUGA